AUGGGAUCUGUUGACGACGUCUGCGGACGCGAUGCCCUUACCUCUCGCGCCGUGCCCUCCAUGAUUCUCAGCGACGGCAGUGCCUCGUCCAUGACCCCAGCCCCGUCUUCAACCAUUCAGUCCGACGCCACUAUCGGAGCCCAGAAGCGUUUCAACGUGCAAGGAAACGCCGUCAUCACCGGCGGCACCGGAACACUGGGUCUCCACGCCUGCGAUGCUCUGCUCGAGCACGGCCUCAACGGCCUCAUGAUCUUCGACAUUAAUCUCGACAACUGCCAAAAAGACAUCGCGCAGAUGCAAGCCAAAUUCCCCAACGCCAAGGUCCACGCCCAAAAAGUCGACGUCACCGACGAGGUUGCCGUGCAAAAGGCAAUGGAAGAGACGGUCCAGAUCCUGGGCUCGAUCGACUGCCUGGUCUGCUUCGUCGGAGUCGUUGGCUGCGUGGAAACACUGCAGAUGCCUGUCUCUCAGUGGCGCAAGAUCCUGGACAUCAAUACGACGGGGUCCUUCAUCUGCGCGCAGGCGGCGGCUCGGGAAAUGGUGAAGCAGGGAAAUGCCGGGUCUAUUACGUUCGUGGCGUCGAUUUCGGCCCACCGUGUCAACUAUCCGCAGCCGCAGGUGGCGUAUAAUGUUAGCAAGUCUGCGCUUCUGAUGCUGAAGAGCUGCCUGGCGGCUGAGUGGGCUCGUUACGGUAUUCGCACUAAUAGUGUGAGCCCGGGAUACAUGGAUACUAUUCUCAACGAGGGCGAUGGAAUCGCAGAGCAUCGCAGAAUUUGGGCAGAGCGAAACCCCAGUGGGAGAAUGGGGAGUCCGUCGGAGUUGACGGGCGCAAUUGUACUGCUGGCAAGUACUGCAGGCACCUAUAUCAAUGGUUCAGACAUUGUGGUUGAUGGCGGUGCCAUCGUGUUCUAG